AUGUUUGUGCUAUCACGUCUUUCCGAUCUUAUACGAAUUCCACCAGAUCAGUUCCACAGAAAGGCUAAGAAGGCUAUCAUAUCCGAGCUUAACAGAAAGUACUCCAACAAAGUUGUGAACAAUUUGGGACUUGUCAUAGCGGUGUGGGAUCUUGUCAAAGUUGAUGAUGGCUUGUUGAAACCAGGUGAUGGUGCCAGCUUCAUCAAAUGUGAGGUCCGUGUCGUUGUCUUCAGACCUUUUGUAGGUGAAAUCCUUACUGGUUGGAUAGAGAAAUGUACACCUGAAGGAAUCAAGGUUAAAAUGGAGUUCUUUAAUGACGUCUUCAUACCGAAGUCCCUACUGUUUGAAGGCUCAGAAUACUCAUUAAACGACAAUGCAUGGAUUUGGGAUGCAGAUGGUACAAAGUUAUAUCUUGAUAUUAACGAAAUGAUACGAUUCCGUGUUGAAGAGGAGAUCUUUGUUAACGUGAAGCCAAAGGGACCAAAUCUUGAAGACGAUGAACAACAAGAACAGGAAGAAAGGGGUCCAAGUUACGCAAUCUUGGGGAGUUGUCAAACAGAUGGUAUGGGCUGUGUUAGCUGGUGGGAUUAA